CUUGAGAUUGAGUUAAGUUCUCCUCCUACAGCUUACCCCCUAGUGCGUCGAAAGCCAUAGCGUCGCGAAUACUUCAUCAAUCAACGUGAUUCAAAUUGGGAACGGUAGCUGAGAUCAAGAGCUACAACAUAUCCAAGUUUCGCGACAUUCCAACGGCUAGUGUUUUGUCGACGUCGUUUCUUGUGAAGACGACUUUUCUGUCCAGAAUUUCGGAUUUAUAUUUUGAGUAAUUCUAGCUCCUAAGUUCACCUAGACUCUGUCCUUAAUUCUAACAAGUGGCAUCAGAGCGAUAUUAAGGACAUUGAGAGGAGUCUACAGAAGUGUGAAGACCCUUCUAGACCCACCAUGGCCUGUGGGUGUGCCUAAGUGGUGUUCUAAAGGUUGGAUGUGUCUUCCGCUAAGGGGAAACUCUGCCGAAAUUUCGUGGACGCCGACACUUGUGAAAAUAUCGAGGGAGCUGAGUGUGGACAGCAAAGGGGAGCUGAAAUUCAGGUAGAGGCCGAGGUGACUAUAAUGAGGGGCAUGGGAGCUCUAGUGGCAGGGGGAGUACCAGAAUGGAGGGCACGUGCUGGUACUGCAAGAAGAUAGGGCAUCCUUGGUUCAAGUGCUUCAGCAGGCCGGAGGGAUGGGCACCUCCAGGCAUGAAGCCACCCAGUGGUGAACGCGCACAAGGUGGCGCUGUGCAAGGCUCAGGUGCACAAGGUGAAGGUGCACAAGGUAAUGCCUAUCCUGGUUUGUUUCUUAUGGUUCAGGAUGUGCAUGGGCAUGAGGGUGAUGUGGGAUCUGUGGGAAAGGUUGUGAUGCACCCUCUCACGCACUGGGUGAUUGAUUCGGGUUGCACCAGUCACAUGACUCCACGGGCAGAUUUGCUUGAUGAGCUUGGGAAGAAGGUGCUGUGGAGUCUGGAAGAGGAGACCAGCUGCAUCAAGGACCUGUGGCAGCUGCCCAUCAUCCCUUGGAAUGGGAAGACUCCAACAGCAGCAACGGCAGCAGUGGCAAAGGCAACAGCAGGAGGAGAUGCAACUGCACCAACUGAUGGGGUGCUGGAAGCAGUCAAGAAAGUGCAGAAGCAGCAGACACCUGGUGAGGUGCUUGCUGGUGUGGAUGCGAGUGCGGCAUGGGCUAAGGCUUCACCAAGGAGUGGAGAGGCCGAUUGGGAGACAUGGCAUGAGAGGCUGUGUCAUGUGAACUUCCCUAUGCUGCAGAACAGAAUGGCGUGGCUGAGAGGUUCAACAGGACCCUGCAGGAGGGGGCACGCACUCUCCUUGGGCGUGCAGGGCUGCCUGAUCCGUUUUGGGUGUCUGCACUGAGGCAGGUCGCCCUUGUGAAGAACAGGGUGCUGGCUACAGUUGGAGAUAAGGAGUGGAUCCCAUAUGUCAAGUGGUAUGGGAGUGCUCCAGCUGUGAAUAUGCUGAGGGCAUUUGGGUGCAUGGUAGUGUUUCAUGUGCCCAAGGAGAAAAGGGGGAAGUUGGAGGCUUCUGGAAGAUGGGGUGUGCACUUGGGGAUUGCAAAGGAUCACAAGGGAUGGCUGCUAUGGGAC